GCCCCUCCCGCACUCUUCAUUCCUAAGACCCGUCUCACCCGGAGUACUCCGUAUAUAACUAGGGUUUUUCCUCUUUUGUUUGGAAAGCAUCAUCAAUCUAUCAAAUUCUAUCAAUCUAGGACUCCGCAUUGAAUUUCAAUCUUCCCAGAUUCAGGCCAGUAGCCGAGUUUUUACGAAGCCAUGGGAGCAAUGACGCCUGAUCCAAACGCCGGGACCGCCGGAGGAGAGAAGCCUGCCAGAGAGGAGGCCACUGUCAAAGUUCCGGCCAAGGACCCUAAGAAGAAGGACACCAAGAAAGAUGAAGAUCUCUCUGAGGAGGAUCUGGCACUCAAAGAACAACUGGAGUUGUAUGUAGAGAGAAUUAAAGAUCCUGAUACAGGGGUGCAGAAGCUUGCCUUAGAGAGCAUGAGGCAAGAAAUUCGGACAGCAACAAGCUCUAUGACAUCAGUGCCGAAGCCCUUAAAGUUUUUGCGGCCUCAUUAUGAAAAACUUAAGUUACAUUAUGAUGAAAUGCCAGUUUCAGAUACAAAGAAACUUUUGGCGGAUAUACUCUCUGUUUUGGCAUUAACAAUGUCCGCUGAAGGAGGGAGGGAGAGCUUGAAAUACCGACUACUUGGAUCUGGUGAUGACAUUGGAUCGUGGGGCCAUGAGUAUGUAAGGAACUUGGCUGGAGAGAUUAGUGAAGAAUAUGGCAUACGACAGAGUGAAGAGUCACCGAUUGAUGAUCUAAUGGAUCUUGUACAGGAUAUUGUUUCUUUCCAUAUGAAGCAUAAUGCAGAACCUGAGGCAGUUGACCUGUUGAUGGAGGUCGAAGAUCUUGAACUUCUGGUUGAGCAUAUAGAGGAUGCAAAUUAUAAACGGACAUGCUCUUACCUUCAGAGCUCAGCUAAUUAUCUUCCAUUACCAGAUGACACCUCGGUCCUUGAAAUUGCAUACAACAUUUAUACAAAAUUUGGAGGAUAUGCAAAUGCUCUAUUCAUUGCACUACGUCUUGAUAACACACAGCAUGUUAAACAUCUUUUUAGAACUUGUGAUGAUCUUUUGCUGAAAAAGCAGUUUUGCUACAUCCUUGCCCUCCAACGGGUAACAUUUGAACUUGAUGAAGAUAUGUGCUCUGAGGAAGAAAGAGAACAAUUGAGGGAUAUUGUUAACAAUGCUAAACUAAGUGAAGGCUAUCUUGCUCUUGGUCGUGAUGUUGAGGUGAUGGAGCCAAAAUCUCCUGAUGAUAUCUACAAGGCCCACUUGAUUGAUGGCCGCACAAGUACAGGGGCAAAUGUUGACUCGGCAAGACAGAACCUGGCUUCUACAUUUGUUAAUGCAUUUGUUAAUGCUGGAUUUGGUCAGGACAAAUUGAUGACCGUUCCGUCAGAAUCCUCCAGUGGCGGCUCCUCAACAAGUUGGCUUUUUAAAAACAAAGAACACGGCAAAACCAGUGCUGCAGCAAGUCUGGGCAUGAUCUUGCUAUGGGAUGUGGAUACCGGACUUGCCCAAAUUGAUAAGUACUUCCAUAGCACUGAUAAUCAUGUAAUUGCUGGUGCAUUAUUGGCAAUUGGCAUAGUGAACUGUUCUGUCAAGAAUGAAUGUGAUCCUGCAUUGGCACUUCUUUCUGAUUAUGUUGAUAGAGAGGAUGCUUCAAUUAGAAUUGGUGCCAUAAUGGGUCUUGGACUUGCAUACGCUGGUUCUCAGAAUGAAGAGAUCCGUUCUAAACUCACUCCCAUCCUUGGAGAUACAAAGGCAUCGCUCGAUGUCAUUGCAUUUACUGCAAUCUCAUUGGGAUUGGUAUAUGUUGGCUCAUGCAAUGAAGAGGUUGCUCAGGCAAUUAUUAUUGCGUUGAUGGAGCGAAGUGAGUCAGAACUGGAAGAACCUUUUGCCCGUUUCUUGCCACUUGGUCUUGGACUUCUCUACCUUGGGAAGCAGGAAAGUGUUGACGCAACAGCUGAGGUUUCAAAGACUUUCCAUGAAAAGAUUAGAGAUUAUUGUGAAAUGACUCUACUUUCUUGUGCCUAUGCUGGAACAGGGAAUGUACUCAAGGUCCAACACUUUCUCAGUAAUUGUGCUCAACAUCAUGAGAAAGGUGAAACCUACCAAGGCCCUGCUGUUCUUGGAAUUGCAUUGGUUGCAAUGGCUGAGGAAUUGGGGCUUGACAUGGCAAUACGAUCACUAGAACAUCUUUUGCAGUAUGGUGAACAGAAUAUCAGAAGGGCCGUUCCUUUGGCUCUUGGUAUCUUGUGUGUAUCAAAUCCAAAGGUCAAUGUUAUGGACACAUUAAGCAGGCUGAGUCAUGAUUCUGAUGCAGAAGUAGCAAUGGCGGCUAUUGUUUCAAUGGGGUUGAUAGGUGCUGGAACUAACAAUGCUAGAAUAGCUACGAUGCUUCGAAAUUUGUCUAGUUAUUAUUACAAGGAUGCCAACCUUCUUUUUUGUGUUCGCAUUGCUCAAGGGCUUGUCCAUCUAGGAAAAGGCUUGUUAACCCUCUCACCUUACCAUUCUGAACGGUUCUUAUUAUCUCCGACUGCUUUGGCCGGGCUUAUAACUAUGCUGCAUGCUUGUCUUGAUAUGAAAGCCAUCAUUUUAGGAAAAUACCACUAUGUGCUAUAUUUCCUUACUUUGGCAAUGCAGCCAAGGAUGCUUAUGACAGUAGAUGAAAAUCUCAAACCAUUGUCUGUACCUGUUCGCGUUGGCCAAGCUGUUGACGUUGUUGGUCAAGCGGGUCGACCCAAGACAAUCACUGGAUUCCAGACCCACUCAACCCCUGUUCUCCUUUCUGCUGGUGAUAGAGCUGAACUUGCCACCGAAAAAUAUAUCCCGUUGUCUCCUGUUCUUGAAGGAUUCGUCAUCCUAAAAGAGAACCCAGAUUACAGCGAUGAUCAUUAAUCUCUGCUGCAAACCAACAUGAAAUCGAAGUUCUAAACUCCGGAAAAGUUACGAAGACCCUCAAAGAUCUUGUUUUUAUUUCAGAAUGUCACCUCAAAGAAAGGGAGUGUCCUUCUUAAAGACUUGCAGAAUCUUGUUCUUAUUAUAUUUAUGUAUAUGAUAUGUGCAAAAAGAGAUGAUUUAUCAAGGAAGUGGGAAAAGGAAGCCGGAGAGGGAGGGAAUGAGAGGCAUAGAUUACGUUUUGUGAUUUCUUCUAAAUUAUACAGUAUAUGUUAAAUUCUUUAGUCAAUUUGUUUGCAUUUUGAAUGUUGUUUAGCAUUUUGCCACUAAUACAACUAUCCAAGGACUAUUUAUGUGUGAUUAACCUUCCCUGUGGAUCUCAAGUCUCAGCAUUAAAGUUUGGACAAAAUG